AUGCUUAUUGAAUGUGUGCUGAUUUUGGACGGCGUUGAUGAGUCGUGUGCCCAAGCGCUAGCACGGAGCUGCAUUUCUGUUCAGCAGUUUGAUUCUUUGCCGAAAGACAGGUUGACGAAUCUGAUACAGGAUUAUGACGCGGUGGUAGUACGCUCCUCCACAAAAAUUACCAAAGACAUAAUCGAUGCGGGGAAGAGAUUGAAAGUGAUCGCCAGGGCCGGAUCAGGACUGGACAACAUCGAUAUCGAAGCGGCCGAAGCAAGGCAGAUAGUCGUGAUUAAGUAA